CGCUGUCGCCGGCUCCCAGCACCUCGAUUUAUUAUUGAUUGAAGUGAGGAUCUUGGCUUGUAUGACUUGUGCGCGCGGCGGAGCCAUGGCGGAACCGACGGGUGUAGAGGACCGUAGCGUCGAUCACGGCAUGGACGAUGAAGAAGAGCUGGCAGAUAAUGAAGGCAGAGAUGCAGAGACGCCGAACAUCAGGUUUGACCUCAGUCUGCCCAUGUCCCACGCGUACCUGGGUAUGAACUUGGAGGAGUUCCACGGGCGCACACUGCACGACGAGGGUAGCUGCCUAACCAUCCCGGUGCUGCCGCGGGCCGUGUUGAUGCUGGUCCCAGGUCAGACCCUGCCCCUGCAGCUCUUCCGGCCGCUGGAGAUCAAUAUGAUGCGUGCCCUGAUCCAGAGGGGCCGCACCUUUGCAGUGCGGGCGUACAGUGAGGAAGAGGAGCACUGGGCUGAUUUUGGCACGACAGCGGAAAUCUACGCCUACCGAGACGAGCGGAAACUUGGCAUGGAGACCGUCAAGGUGAAGGCUGUGGGCCGGCAGAGGUUCAAGGUGAUUGAAGUUCAGACCCAAGCAGACGGCAUCCAGCAGGCUACUGUCCAGAUCCUCCCUGAGUAUUCCCUUCCGGAUCCCCUUAGUCUGCCGCAGUUGGCUCCCUGUGUCCAGCUCUGCAUGCCGACCUCUUCCAGACUCCCAGUCACACAUGGUCAGCGAUCAUGGGACCGGAAGAGGAAGUUCUUCUCUGCUGGUGUGAUGCCCUUCCCUGCCUGGGUGUACACGCUUUACGACACUGAGGUUCUGAUGGACAGACUGAGAAGGCGGCUGCAUGCAUGGGAUGUGAACCUCAAGGAUGAUUCCCUCCUCAUGAAUGCUACAGAUUUAUCCUACAGAGUAGCUGCAUGUCUGCCAAUUGAUGACAGCCUUCGCACCAGGCUGCUAAGCAUGGGCAGUGCAGUGCAGAGGUUGCACUAUGCGUUGAACAUUAUGGACCAGUGCUCUUCUCUCUGCUGUAAGCAGUGCCAGCACACAGAGAUUACGCACAAAAAUGAGAUUUUUAGCCUGUCUCUGUCUGGACCUAUGGCCGCCUACGUCAACCCCUACGGCUGUGUCCAUGAGAUCCUGACUGUCUCCAAGGCCAGCAAUCUUAAUCUGAUUAACCAGCCAUCCACCUUUCACUGCUGGUUCCCUGGCUACGCCUGGACUGUCGCAAAAUGUCAGACCUGUGGCUCCCACGUAGGCUGGAAGUUCACGGCCACCGAGAGGGACCUGGCCCCCGAACACUUCUGGGGCCUGAGCCGUUCUGCUCUGCUGCCCCGGAAGCCUGCAGAAGAAGGCAAGGAGGGUCAAGGCGAGACCUCGUCCCAAGCAAUGUGCCUGUGAUCAAUAAGCUCCCCAGUGCUCAUCCUAAACAAAGAACAUGGUACAGAAUCACUACAUGUUUUACCUGUAUAACUAUGCACCUGACAACUAAAGAAUGUUGAAUCUUGAAAGAGCUGUCAGAUGUAACACAAAGGUGUUGCCAUAGGUGUCCUACAACAUUCCUGCACAAGUGACUCAUGAUUGAAAUGCUGAGUGAAGCCACUUUUUUCACAGCUGUCUCAGCCUGCUGAGUCGUGAUGUAGUGCAGAGUACAUCAUGUAUUCAGCAGGGGGCGCUUUACCAUGAAAUCACUACCUCUUAUCUGCUGCUUGUUUUCUGGUCUUAUUCCUGCACUUGGUGCUGGGACUAGAGUUUGGGGUAGAAAAGCCCCUAUGAGUCUCCUUUAUGUCCAUUUUACAGGGGAAUUAAGUCAAAAUGAGAUGUAAUGUUUGCUUUCACCCCAAAGAUUUCCAUUUUAUAUUAGAAGUCCAUGAAGGGUAAAAUAAUGUCUUACUGUAAUGAUCUUUUAGAUUAAUCUUUACUAACAUGUGUUUGAUGCCUUGACUGACUUAGGAAUACUAAAUAACAAAAUAUUUUUACAUAUUAAAAGUAUAUUUUUAAGUGUUAUCAAACAUUAAGGACUUUUUAUUAAUGUAUGAUUUACUGAAUCUCAUUAGCACUCUACGAUAUCAUUAAAAAAAACUGGGCUAUUUUGGGAAGCUAAUUCGAAAAUAUCUGAGGAGCCUAAAUGACCUUCUCGUUUGUCAUCCAUGUAGGUAUUUCAGACCAGUGAUAAUUCGAUUACAAUAUCACGCUGGAAUAAUUAAAGCAUUAAACAAUAUGACUUUUAAUUUAAAAUAUACAUUUUUGUACACCAUGUUUGUUCCAAAUUUGCCGUUUUAAAAUCUGUAACUCAUGACUGUGUUUUUUAUUUCAAUGUGUUAUGGUAAUGGUAUUUUUGCAGCAAUGUUUCAGAAAAUCCAUUAAAAUAUAAUUAACUUGUUCACUU